AUGCCCCGCAUUCACUUCCCUCCUGCCCCUCAUUCACCUCCCUCCUGCCCCGCAUUCACCUCCCUCCUCCCCGCAUGCCCCGCAUUCACCUCCCUCCUGCCCCGCAUCAUUCACCUCCCUCCUGCCCCAUUCAUCCCUCCUGCCCCUCAUUCACCUCCCUCCUGCCCCGCAUCAUUCCUGCCCCGCACCUCCCUCCUGCCCCGCAUUCACCUCCCUCCUGCCCCGCAUUCACCUCCCUCCUGCCCCGCAUUCACCUCCCUCUCCCCGCCCCGCCCCGCAUUCAUUCACCUCUCUCCUGCCCCGCAUUCACCUCCCUCCUGCCCCGCAUUCACCUCCCUCCUGCCCCGCAUUCACCUCUCUCCUGCCCCGCAUUCACCUCCCUCCUGCCCCGCAUUCACCUCCCUCCUGCCCCGCAUUCACUUCCCUCCUGCCCCGCAUUCACCUCCCUCCUGCCCCGCAUUCACCUCCCUCCUGCCCCGCAUUCACCUCCCUCCUGCCCCGCAUUCACCUCCCUCCUGCCCCGCAUUCACCUCCCUCCUGCCCCGCAUUCACCUCCCUCCUGCCCCCUCCUGCCCCGCAUUCACCUCCCUCCUGCCCCGCAUUCACCUCCCUCCUGCCCCGCAUUCACCUCCCUCCUGCCCCGCAUUCACCUCCCUCCUGCCCCGCAUUCACCUCCCUCCUGCCCCGCAUUCACCUCCCUCCUGCCCCUCAUUCACCUCCCUCCUGCCCCUCAUUCACCUCCCUCCUGCCCCGCAUUCACCUCCCUCCUGCCCCUCAUUCACCUCCCUCCUGCCCCGCAUUCACCCUGCCCCGCCCUCCUGCCCCCUCCUGCCCCUCAUUCACCUCCCUCCUGCCCCGCAUUCACCUCCCUCCCUCAUUCCCUCCCUCCUGCCCCUCAUUCACCUCCCUCCUGCCCCGCAUUCACCCCUUCUCCCUCCUGCCCCGCAUUCACCUCCCUCCUGCCCCGCCCCGCAUUCACCUCCCUCCUGCCCCGCAUUCACCUCCCUCCUGCCCCGCAUUCACUUCCCUCCUCCUGCCCCGCAUUCACCUCCCUCCUGCCCCGCAUUCACCUCCCUCCUGCCCCGCAUUCACCUCCCCGCAUCCACCUCCCUCCUGCCCCGCAUCCCUCACUUCCCUCCUGCCCCGCAUUCACUUCCCUCCUGCCCCGCAUUCACCCCUCCCUCCUGCCCCCGCAUUCACCUCCCUCCUGCCCCGCAUUCACUGCCCUCCUGCCCCGCCCCGCAUUCACUGCCCUCCUGCCCCGCAUUCACUUCCCUCCUGCCCCGCAUUCACCUCCCCUCCUGUCCCGCAUUCACUGCCCUCCUGCCCCGCAUUCACUUCCCUCCCCGCCCCUGCCCCGCAUUCACUUCCCUCCUGCCCCGCAUUCACUUCCCCCGCCUGCCCCGCAUUCACUUCCCUCCUGCCCCGCAUUCACUUCCCUCCUGCCCCGCAUUCACUGCCCUCCUGCCCCGCAUUCACUUCCCUCCUGCCCCGCAUUCACUGCCCCGCAUUCACUGCCCCGCAUUCACUUCCCUCCUGCCCCGCAUUCACUGCCCCGCAUUCACUGCCCCGCAUUCACUGCCCUCCUGCCCCGCCCCGCAUUCACUUCCCUCCUGCCCCGCAUUCACUUCCCUCCUGCCCCGCAUUCACUGCCCCUCCUGCCCCGCAUUCACUUCCCUCCUGCCCCGCAUUCACUGCCCCGCAUUCACUUCCCUCCUGCCCCGCAUUCACUGCCCUCCUGCCCCGCAUUCACUUCCCUCCUGCCCCGCAUUCACUUCCCUCCUGCCCCGCAUUCACUUCCCUCCUGCCCCGCAUUCACUGCCCUCCUGCCCCGCAUUCACUGCCCCGCAUUCACUGCCCUCCUGCCCCGCAUUCACUUCCCUCCUGCCCCGCAUUCACUUCCCUCCUGCCCCGCAUUCACUUCCCUCCUGCCCCGCAUUCACUGCCCUCCUGCCCCGCAUUCACUUCCCUCCUGCCCCGCAUUCACUGCCCUCCUGCCCCGCAUUCACUUCCCUCCUGCCCCGCAUUCACUGCCCUCCUGCCCCGCAUUCACUUCCCUCCUGCCCCGCAUUCACUUCCCUCCUGCCCCGCAUUCACUUCCCUCCUGCCCCGCAUUCACUGCCCUCCUGCCCCGCAUUCACUUCCCUCCUGCCCCGCAUUCACCUCCCUCCUGCCCCGCAUUCACUUCCCUCCUGCCCCGCAUUCACUUCCCUCCUGCCCCGCAUUCACUUCCCUCCUGCCCCGCAUUCACUUCCCUCCUGCCCCGCAUUCACUUCCCUCCUGCCCCGCAUUCACUGCCCUCCUGCCCCGCAUUCACUGCCCUCCUGCCCCGCAUUCACUUCCCUACUUCCCCACAUUCACUUCACCUACUGA